UUUUUGGCAUUUCAAAAAUUGACUUCGUUCAAGACGGUUGCUUGGUCACUCAUUGCUCUUGCCAACUGGUUUGCGCGUUUAAAUUGUGAAUAUUUGAAUAAAUUUCAUUUACUUAGUGUGUUGUUGCGGUGUUUUGUGAAGAAGUGAAAAAAGAAAGAAAUAAAACAAAAAAGUUUCUACGGCUUUCUACAGUGUUAUAGCUAAAGAAGCGGCAAAGUUUUCAAAAUGGGUUGUACAUCCGGUGUAAUGAAAUGUAUUUUGAACAUUUUGAAUGUUGUCAUGGCGAUCUUCGGUCUGCUGCUGAUCGCCUUGGCUGUUCUCUCCUUCAACACCGCACCGAAAGUCUAUAUCUAUUAUCUGUUUAUUGUGGGUGGCGUUAAUUUCGUAGCAGCAAUGUUGGGUUGCUGUGGCAUUUGCCAAGAAGAUGUUUGCCUGACGAUGACGUAUGCCAUUAUUAUUGCGCUCUCCCUGGUUUCGCAAAUAGUUGGCAAAUAUUACGCUUCCGAUUCGGGUGCAAUUAAAGAAUUCGCUACCAAAGAUGUGGAGAAGACGUGGUUGGAGGAAAUUAAAUUGCCUGGUGCAAUGAACAAUACACAGCAAACGUAUCACUGUUGCGGUAAAAUUAACCCUCAAGAUUAUUAUGCCAUCGGACGUGCCGCAUACCCCGCCAGCUGUUAUCCUCAAAUGAUUGUAAAUCAAACGGCACUCUGGAAUAAGGGCUGCAUCCAGGCGGCCGAAGAGCAAUUUCUAAACAUUUUCAAUUAUUCAUCGAGCGGUGAAUGGGGAAAUCUUGUCUUCACGGCUGUGAUGUUGUUGUUCGCCAUAUAUCUGGUUGUGCGUUUCCGCAGUAAACAGCGUCGGUAUGAUUACUAAGGCGCAUUUCACAAGUGUUACAUAUAACUUUUAUGUUUACUAAAAUACUUAAUACAACCGGGUACCACAUACAAGUACGAGCAAAUUAAGAGAAGCGGAAAACAUAUUUUGGCACUCGAAAUUUUGCAAAAAAAAAAAAA